CAAUGGCCUCUUUGCACGUAAAUCCAUAUUCCCACUUUUGACUCUUUCUGAUUCGGAUUACCCUUUUUCCCUUUGAAAUCAAAAACCCAGACCAGACCAGACCCCUUUCUGCAUGUAAUUCUAUACUUCUAUUCCUUCUUUUCUACUUUGCCAUAAACUCUCUCUCCGUCUCUCUCUCCCCUCCAUAUGUAUAUGUGUGUGUGUGUGGCAGUUGACUUCUCGAGAAACUCAAUGUGGGUUUUCAAAUCUCUUCCAUGAUGGAGUAAAAUAAGACAUUCUUGGUGGCAUCCUCUUCAUUUUCAUAAGGCUCUGAACGUUUGUUGCAUCUCUCAUUUAUGAAUGUGAUGUGACUCUCCUUUUCUUGCUUUCUGUGGCGAUUUUGAGUUUGUUUUCACAAUUUAUAAUCAGGGUCUGUGGGUGAUUUUAUGAAGAUUGUGAAUUAUCUGAUCACUUCUAAGAAUUUCAGAAGGAAUCAGAGCAAUCUUUGAUACACAUAUGGCUGGAAGGAAUGAAGAAAUGAAGAAGACCUUCAUUCGAAAGAUUUUUGCAACAAAGGAGACGCCAACAAGGGAAAUGAUCAAAGAUUCCUUUGAUUCAUCUGAAAUUCAGCUUGAUUUGGGGAUUGAGGGGCCAGUUUCUAGUGGACUAGUGCAUCCUAUGUCGACUAAAUGUCAUGUUCAAUCCUUACGAGUCUUUGUAGCAACAUGGAAUGUAGGAGGGAAAUCUCCUCACAGUGGCCUGAAUCUUGAUGAUUUUCUUCAGGUCCAUGAUCCUUCAGAUAUAUAUGUUCUGGGUUUUCAGGAAAUAGUCCCUUUAAAUGCUGGAAAUGUGUUAGUUAUUGAAGAUAAUGGGCCGGCGGCAAAAUGGUUAUCUUUGAUCAGCCAAUCCUUGAAUGGAUCUCCCAAUGGUUAUACAAUGAACAAAACUAUAUCCACUCUUGGGACGAAGCCUUUGGCUCCGGGAAGUAUAAAGCCCAUCACAACCACUGGCAGCUCACUGUUCUUUCAAAAGAAUUCCCUUAAAGCAGCUAGUGAUUUUUACAGGGCAGAGAGUAAAAAGAGACUUAAGAGUUGCAACUGCACUUCAGAACCAGAAAGAAAGCAUAGUAGGGAUUCGUGUUUCAACUGCCAACCAUCAGAUAUUUCUGAGGGUGACUUAAAUAGUUUGAUAGUUUCUGAAAUCGCCACCCUUUCCAGUACGAAUGAAUUUAAAUAUAGCCUUAUAGUAAGCAAGCAGAUGGUGGGAAUCUUUCUUACUAUUUGGAUUCGGAAGGAACUUACCCAGCAAAUUGGACACCUGAGAACUUCCUACAUUCGAUGCGGGAUCAUGGGUUGCCUAGGAAACAAGGGGUGUAUCUCCGUGAGUAUAUCUUUUGGCAAUACAAGCUUUUGUUUCAUCUGCAGUCACUUGACGUCUGGAGAGAAGGAUGGGGAUGAGAUUAGAAGAAAUUCAGAUGUUAUUGAGAUACUUAAAAACACUCAGUUUCCAAAAAUCUGCAAGACACUCUAUAGUUGGGUGCCAGAGAAAAUUCUGGAACAUGACCGGGUCAUUUGGUUAGGGGAUUUGAACUACCGGAUUGCUUUGAGCUACUCUGAGACCCGGAAAUAUCUGGAGGAGAAUGACUGGGAUGCUCUUCUUAACAAGGAUCAGCUUAAGAUUGAAAGAGAUGCUGGACGGGUACUCAAAGGAUGGAAAGAAGGGAAGAUCUACUUUGCCCCCACAUACAAGUAUUCCUAUAAUUCAGAUGCUUAUUUUGGAGAGACUAUAAAAUCAAAGAACAAAAGGAGAACUCCAGCGUGGUGUGAUAGAAUACUGUGGCAUGGAGAAAGGAUACAACAACUGUCUUAUUUACGUUGGGAGUCCCAAUUUUCUGAUCACCGGCCUGUUUGUGCAAAAUUUUUGGUGGAUGUUCUGACUUUUGAAGGUGGUGUGAAGAGAUAAUUAUCCAUCUCCAACAUGAAAGUCAAACUUCAAGAGCUUUUGUUUCCAGCCAGUAAAAAUUGAUGCUGUAUUACAUUUUGGUAGAUAUUCUGCACCUUAUAGAGUGGUGAAUUUAUCAACUUGGAGCCUGCAGUGGCGGCUAGCUUAAUUGAUAGAUGGCAUCACACCAAGGAACAUGAAUCCUGAUGCCAGUGACCAGUUUACACAGCAAUUCCAAGGUUUGAUUGUUUCUUCAAGGAUGUGGGUGAUUGAGCUCUAUCCGUCGUGGCUUGCCUCAUAGAGUCUAUGAUCCUUAACAAUAAGAACAUUGCCUAAUUGUCCAAAAUUGGUAUCAGAUACUAACACAUUGACCAUAGCUCUUGCAGAAGCAAAGAAAUAUACAAUUUUUGUCUCUGAAAUGUGAGCAGAGGGAUUAAAGAGAAGUAUAGUGCUAAUUUUGCAGAAUUAGCAUAGGUUGGGCAAAUUGUACAGCGCAUUCGAAUUUCGAAGUUGUUGGUUAUAAGGUGGUGGUAAAUGUCAUACUAUUUGAAAUUGCUUCUUAGUAUAGUUUUUUUUUUCUUUCAAAUCUCAGUUUCAAUGCAUGGAAAUUUGAUAUAGGACAUGCCUAGGCAAUGUUGCCUUUGAAAAGUGAUGCUGCAUCAGGAAAAUGAGUAAUGUGAUGCAUUGCCAACAAUGAGAAUAUUUUUUCUAUCUUGCUGAAAGGAGAAUGAUAUCUGGGAAAUGUGUGUAUUCAUCCUUCUGUAUAAGACAUGAAAU